UCGGAACGAAUAUUAAAAAAACGCUUCGUUUGACACAUAUGCAACAAGAAAAUCUUCUUCUUUUUCUUCCUUGACGAUUCACACCUGCUAUUCACACCAACCUGAUAUAAAUCUCUCUCUCUAGCUUUCUCUUUCCGUCUUUCUCUCUCCUCUAAUACAGCUUUUGCAGCAAAAUUGAAUCUUGUACUUGCUUUCCUUGAUUUUGUAGGUGUUAUGGAGAGACAUCAUCUUCAUCCUCGUCCUCAUCAGCAGCAGCAUCAGCAUCAUAUCAGUGUUAACGUCGACGCGAGUGAUAGAUUUCCUCAAUGGAGUAUUCACGAGACAAAGGAGUUUUUGAUAAUCCGAGCAGAGCUCGAUCAAACUUUCAUGGAAACGAAGAGGAAUAAGGUUCUGUGGGAAGUUAUUUCCACAAAGAUGAAAGAAAAGGGUUACAAUCGCAGCGCUGAGCAGUGCAAGUGCAAGUGGAAGAACCUCGUUACACGUUAUAAGGGGUGUGAGACAAAGGAAGCUGAACCGAUGCGGCAACAAUUCCCAUUUUACAAUGAAGUUCAAGCGAUUAUCGCUGGAAGGAUGCAGAGAAUGCUAUGGGCUGAAGCGGAAGUAGGAGCAAGCGGGUCAAAGAAGAAAGCGGUCCAUCUAUCAUCGGACGACGAGUUAGAUAACGAGGACAGUGAGGGAGAGAAGGCCAGUAGCUCCAGGAAGAAGAUAAAAAAGGGCAAGGGCAAUAUUAAUAUUGGAAGUAGCAGCGGUGGGAUUAGUGGAAAUAUCAAGGAUUUGAGGGAGAUAUUGGAUGACUUCAUGAAGCAACAGAUGCAAAUGGAAGCGCAAUGGAGAGAGGCAUUCGAUGCGAGGGAAAACGAAAGAAGGUUGAAGGAGAUGGAGUGGAGACAGACAAUGGAAGCAUUAGAAAGCGAGAGGAUAAUGAUGGAGCAGAGGUGGAGAGAGAGAGAGGAGCAAAGGAGGAUGCGAGAGGAGGCUAGGGCCGAGAGGAGGGACUCUCUUAUCACAGCUCUGCUAAACAAGCUCAGGCGAGAGGAUAUGUAGUACUCAGCUUUCUUCAUUCGUUAUUCUUUCUAUCGAUGGGAGUGCUGGUCGUGUCGAAGCAAGCUCUCUUGAGACUUGAGAGGUUUGUCUUUGGAACUGAUCUCAUGUUGGAGAUAUGUUGUGGUUCUUAUAAUGGCUUAUCACAUAUUAUGAUCUCCUACCGUAUUGCCCACUACUGAGGAUUCUUUGGAAUAGAUAUUUACCAGAAAGGAUAACAUUUUCAUCUUUUUA